AAUAAUCAAUAGCAUUUCAAUUAAAAAAAUAUAGCGGACAACGAUAUACAAGCGAUGUACUAGAUACGAAACUACACAAUUUUAGCUGCAUUUAUAUGUAACAGCAGCUAUAUCGCCUAGAUAAGCACAAAGAAAUACAUAUAUAAAUUAAUUGAAGUAAAUUUCUUCAAAGUUGUAGUUAAAAUUUGAGUCUACAUAAACAAGUUGUGAAUACAUAUCUUCAAUAUUUUUUGAUAUUUCAAUUCAGAAUUAUUCUCAAAAAAUUUAUCAAGAAACGAUAAAAUAAUUUAAAUUUCAAAUUCAUGUGUACAUAAAGUAGUCUAUACUAACCCAACAACGAUCACAUCUGACAACUAAAACAUAACCUCGAAUAUUAAAGAACGUGUGUAGCUGUGUACAGCGAAGAAUCAUCAUGUUAACGCCGAGAUUCGAAUUGACUCAAACAGAGAAAACCCUUUCCAUACAAGUCAGAGCUCCCUAUUGCAGUUUGGGAGACCUGGAUGUGAGUGUCGAAGAAAAUGUAUUUAUAUUUGUGUGCAAACCAUACUAUCUGAGGCUGCACCUCCCUGGCAAAAUCGAAGAAAAUGAUAACUCCCACAGUAAAUUCGAUGCUGAUCUGGGAGUGUUCACAUUCACAUAUGAGAAAGUCACACCGGGUGAGCAAUUUGAGGACUUAGAAUUCAUAACGAAGUUCUUGUGUCCAAAAAUUGAGGUGCAAGAAGGCAACAGGAAGAUUGAGAUUUUAACUUCGGAGGACUGCAAUGAUGAUGCAGUUGUGGUGGAAUCUGAGGAAAAGUAUGGGUUUGCGCAAAGAGGCGGUUAUAAUUUCGCCGGUGUGAGUUCAGAAUUUUACGAUAUCUUCAAAGUGGAUCCGCACGAAGUGAAACUGGAGGAUCGGAGAGGUGUGCGUUUGAAGCAGGAAGCCGAAGACUUCGAUUUAGAUCAUUGCGUUGCGGAUUUGAUCGAUUGCGAGGAAAUUAAGGAGAUAACCCAAGCAAAAUCACCGUACGAUGAUUUGGAUGCUAAAUCUGUAAAAUUCACCGUUGAAGAAUUGGAUUUCCUAAAGGAUUUGAUUAACAUUGAGUAUAAUUUGAGCGAGAAUCAAACGAAUUACUGUUACACUUCGCUGGUGGAGAUUCUGUUUGCGUAUUGCUACGACUUUAGGACGACGUUCUUCGAGAAGACUUGCGAGUCAGGUUGGACAAUCGCAAAGUUGAGCGCCAGUUUUAGCUAUUUCGAAGGAUUCAAGAGCGUGAAAGAAGCAGUGAUUUGCGGGUACAGACGAUCGCUGAUAUAUCCGCUUUACCGAAAUAUGGAUUUGAGCCACAAGGUCUUUGAAGACCUCAAAAAGGUUCUGAGUCUUGGAGAAAAGUUUAUACUGAAACUCUUGAUGGAGAUGUAUAAAGUCUUCGUUGGAGGUGAUAGCAGUAGAUACGUCCUCAACAACCUGUUCGUUAAAGAUUACGUGAAUUACAUCAUGAAAUGGGAUAAGGCUGCUUGGGCUAAAGUCGUAGAAGAAGUCAACGCGAUGACGGUGAGCGCUGAAGAUCUGAAUCUCGAGUUGCCAUCAAUGUCGGAUUGUAAUUUAACCUCGAUGAUGAGCGGUAUGACCAUUAAAGAAAACGUGUUGGAUUCUGACGACGAUGAAGACGAAUCGUCAAGUGAUAGUAGUAGCUGCAGUUGUAGCAGUAGUAGUUCGGAAGAAUCCUCCGAUGAUAGUUCGGACUAAUAGUUAAAAAAUAAUUGAAGAACUUACCGACUGUGGUGUAU